AUGGCCCACAGCCAGUCUCGGAAGCGGUCACGAAGCAGGAGCAAAAGCAAUUCUCGGAGCAGACAGGAGAGGAAGGAGAAGAAAAGGAGGAAAAGCAGCAAGGACUCACACCGGGGCAACAGCUCUCCUCCACGGAAGCGGACCUCUGAGUGUCACAAACACAAGUCAAGCUCAACAGCAGCUGGGGGAGAAAAGAAGAAGGAAAGAAAGGACAAAAAGAAGAGGAAGGCAAGUACUUCUUCCUCUGAGACAGCAUCUUCAUCCACCAGCUCCUCCUCAUCUUCCUCUUCCUCCAGCUUCUCUUCUGAUGACUCCAGUGACAGUGACUCCAAAAUGAAGAAGAGUAAACAUGGCAAAAAAAAGCGAGUGAAACAGAAAGACAAAAAGAAGAAGAAAAAGAGGAUAAAGAAGAAAGCAAAAAAGAAGGUAAAGGAGGGAGCUAAGGAGGAGAAAGCCAAGGGAGAAGCAGUACCUGGCCCGUCACUGGAGCAGUGGCAUAAGGAACCCAUGGUGGACACUGGACCAGUUUUGACAGAUGAACAAAAAUCCCGAAUUCAGGCCAUGAAGCCAAUGACAAAGGAAGAAUGGGAUGCAAGGCAGAGCGUCAUACGGAGAGUUGUGGAUCCUGAGACAGGGAGAACCAGGCUUAUUAAGGGAGAUGGAGAAGUAUUAGAAGAGAUUGUCAGCAAGGAGAGACACAAGGAGAUUAAUAAGCAAGCCACCCGGGGGGAUGGGCUGGCCUUCCAAGUGAGGACAGGGAUGCUGCAGUGAGUGCAUGAGUGUCAGCCAUGCCAGGAGCCUGUCCUGC